CUUCACCUCAGUCCGACAUUUGCUCCGGUAAGUGACGGAUCUAUUUUCAACGGGAGGUUGGACCGAUACAGGAGCGUCACACAGAGAGCAAAGACACUGGGGGAUAAAACACACUGUCCUCCCCCUCUACAGUCCACGGAAUUUACCUGUUUUCACGAGGAUAUCUUCACAUGCCAAUAUCGGAUAUUUAUGAACAUCUGCACCGGUUUAUAACAGUAGCUUGAGGGGAAAAAGAAAGCAAGAAUGGAUCAGAAUCUAUUUGGUGGGGCUCCACGCUUCCUAACUCGACCCAAGGCCUUUUCGCUGUGUGUGGGACGAGAUGCCUCCCUCAGCUGCACUAUUGUGGGAAACCCUGUUCCUGUGGUCACCUGGGAGAAAGAAAAGAUACUUCUUUCUGCAGGUGGACGCUUCAAGAAAGUUGAAGAUGGUGACGUUUACCGACUUACCAUCUACGAUCUAACUCUUGAAGACAGCGGUCAGUACAUGUGUCGUGCCAAGAACAGUGUCGGAGAGGCAUAUGCAGCUGUGACCCUGAAGGUGGGACUGCCGGAAACUGUGAUUGAUCGGGCCCCAGUGUUUACAGUAAAGCCUGUCUCCACCCGUGUGGGUCUAGGGGGUGAUGUUACCUUCUAUUGUCGGGUGGCAGCCCAUCCAGCACCCAACUUUGACUGGGAAAAAGAUGGUCGCUACCUGGGUGAGACCAACCGCAUCAGGAUAACCUCGGAAAAUGACUCCAGCUCCUUGAGGAUCCAGAGUGUUAGGAGCUUGGACAGUGGUACCUACACCUGCCGUGCGCAGAACUCCAUUGGCCGUGCUCAGGCCGCUGCUGCUCUGGUGGUCGACCUUCAAGAUACACGUCUCCUAAAUGCAGACAAAAGCACAUCCCUCCUCUCACACAUGCAGAAGCGGAAAGAAGAAAUGCGGAAGGACAUCUCCUUAUACCGUACCAUGGAAAGUUCCUCAGCCAUGCAUACAACUUCAUCUUCCAUGAUCACAGAGGAACUUGGAAGCCUGGGACUCCCCUAUGAUCAGGAGCAGAGGGUUUCGGCCUUAACUAGCAUGUUGCCCAAAGGUGUGUUUACCCGCACCUGUAUGGUGACCGAGGGUAAACAUGCAAAGCUUAGCUGUUUCGUCACAGGCCAUCCCAAACCUCAGAUCAUCUGGAGGAAGGAUGGGGCGAACAUCAGUGAGGGCCGCAGACAUGUUAUGUAUGAGGACCAGGCGGAGAAUUUCAUCCUCAAGGUGCUCUACUGCAAACAGAGUGAUAAUGGGCUGUACACCUGCAAUGCAUCCAACUUGGCUGGACAAACCUAUAGUGCUGUGCUAGUGAUUGUCAAAGAGCCAAAGAUUCCAUUCAAAAAGAAGCUGCAGGAUGUCGAGGUGAAGGAAAAGGAAACAGCAACUCUGCUGUGUGAGGUGCCAGUGCUGAACACAAAGGCCAGCUGGUUUAUGGAGGAGACUCGUCUGGAGGAAAAUGCCAAGUACCGCAUGGAUGUGGAAGGGACCCUGCGCCGCCUCACUAUUCACAAUGUCACCACCAAUGAUGAUGCCGUGUACAUCUGUGAGAUGAAGGAAGGCAGCCGCACUGUGGCCGAACUUACAGUGCUGGGCAACAUCACUAAAAAGCUGCCGAGGAGGACAGUGGUGCCGGUUAGUGAUACCGUGAUCUUCUGUGUGGAACUGGAGAAACCAGUAGAUGAUGCAUACUGGACCAGGAAUGGGGAGAGGCUGAAAGAGGACUCCCGAAUUAUUAUCGCCCGCAUUAACAGACAGUACACACUGACCAUUCGCGAAUGUACUGCAGAGGACUCGGGUGAGGUGGCCUUCAUCGCCCAUGACUGCAAGACAUCCACCCGCUUCUCUGUCACAGCACCAAGGAAACAUCCCCCAGAUCCCCCAGUUGAGCCAGUGGUGCGGAGCAAGACAGAUUCAUCGAUCACACUGUGCUGGUCUCCACCAGACAGUGAUCGGCCUGUGCCCAUCACUGGCUAUUUUCUUGAGCGCAGGAAGGUGGGAGCCCAAACCUGGGUUAAAGUCACUAGUACAUCUGUGUCUAGCACUGAAUACACCGUCAGUGAGAUUUCAGAAGAUGCAAGCUAUCAGUUCCGCAUCUCAGCGGUCAAUGAUUUUGGUCAGAGUGCCUACUUGGAGGUUCCUGGAACGUUUUAUCUUGAGCCCACAGCAUCAGUGAAGACAGGCCUGUUGAACUGCAGUGCACAUGUAGGUGAAGAAGCAACCUUCACUGUUGAGCUCUCAGCAGUAUGUUCCGGCUCCUGGACCAUAAAUGACAGAAUGAUCCGCAGUGGAUCUGAGUAUCUGAUCACACGCUCAAAGACCACACAUACACUGGUCAUCAGGGAGGUGUCCAUGGAACUAAAUGGAGCACAGGUCAAGUUUGUGGGUGGCGGAUCUCAGAGUGUUUCCACGCUUGGUGUGAAAGCCGCACACGCACGUUUCACCAAUAAGUCUUCUCAGGUGGAGGUGUUUACUUUCAGCAUGCACUCUUCUGCUCAGAUGUUCACAGAAGUGUCCAAUUCAAGCAUCCAGGUUGUUUGGAUGAAGAAUGGGAAGGAGCUGAGGAUGGGUAAAAAAUAUGAAGCCACAAGUGUGGAACGUAAACGCAUACUGACAGUCCACAACGUUGACUGUGAGGACGUGGGCAUCUAUGAAUGCGUGUGUGAUGGCGAUAAAAUGUCUGUCCAGCUUGCCCUUAAAGAAGAACCAUCUAAGUUUGUUAACAAGCCAAGGGCUCAGCCCCAAGAGAGUGAUGCUCUGGUGGGCGACGUGGUGUUGUGCUGUGAGGUUGCUUCUCCUGGAACUGCUGUUGUGUGGAAGAAAGAACAGAUAGAAAUAAUGGAGGACAAGAGGACAACUUUUAUAUCUCAGGGGACACGAAGGAAGCUGGUCAUCAGGGGUGCCAAGCAGAGCGAUGAAGGACACUACUCGUGUGAGACGGCAGAGGACAAAAUGACAUUCCUGGUCAAGAUAAAAGAAACUCGUGCUGCUUUCUCCAACAAAGACUCUUAUAAGAAGGAGGUGAAGGUUUCAACCUCCCAAAAGGCCACACUGAGCUGUGAAGUUUCUGAUGUCAAGACUGAAGUGAAAUGGUUCAAGGAUGGCAAGCAGUUGAUUUCCAGUAAGACUGUCCACAUGGAGUCAAAGGGCAAGAGCCGUCAGCUGGUGCUGGAGAAUGUGGAAAAGAAGGAUGCUGGAGAAUAUACCUGUGAAGCUGGAAAUGAAAAUCUGGUCUUUAAGAUUCAGGUGGAAGACAUUCAAGCCACCUUCUCCAACAAGGACUCCUACCAGAAGGAGGUCAGAGUAGCAGUUUCCAAGAAGGCCACACUGAGCUGUGAAGUUUCUGACCCCAAGACUGAGGUGAAAUGGUUCAAGGAUGGUAAGCAGUUGAGCUCCAGUAAGACUGUCCACAUGGAGUCAAAGGGCGAGAGCCGUCAGCUGCUGCUGGAGAACAUGCAGAAGAAAGAUGCUGGAGAAUAUACCUGUGAAAUUGGAAAUGAAAAGCUGGUCUUUAAGAUUUGUGUGGAAGACAUUCAAGCUGCCUUCACCAACAAAGACUCUUAUCAGAAGGAAGUGAAGGUUUCAGCAUCCCAGAAAGCCACACUGAGCUGUGAAGUGUCUGACAUCAAGACUGAGGUGAAAUGGUUCAAGGAUGGCAAGCAGUUGAGCUCCAGUAAGACUGUCCACAUGGAGUCAAAGGGCAAGAGCCGCCUGCUGGUGCUGGAUAAUGUGGAGAAGAAGGAUGCUGGAGAAUAUACCUGUGAAGCUGGAAAUGAGAAGCUUGCCUUUAAAAUUCAAGUGACAGACAUUCAAGCUGCCUUCACCAACAAAGACUCUUAUCAGAAGGAAGUGAAGGUUUCAGCAUCCCAGAAAGCCACACUGAGCUGUGAAGUGUCUGACGUCAAGACUGAGGUGAAAUGGUUCAAGGAUGGCAAGCAGUUAAGCUCCAGUAAGACUGUCCACAUGGAGUCAAAGGGCAAGACGCAAAUGGUGCUGGAUAAUGUGGAGAAGAAGGAUGCUGGAGAAUAUACCUGUGAAGCUGGAAAUGAGAAGCUUGCCUUUAAAAUUCAAGUGACAGACAUUCAAGCUGCCUUCACCAACAAAGACUCUUAUCAGAAGGAAGUGAAGGUUUCAGCAUCCCAGAAAGCCACACUGAGCUGUGAAGUGUCUGACAUCAAGACUGAGGUGAAAUGGUUCAAGGAUGGCAAGCAGUUGAGCUCCAGUAAGACUGUCCACAUGGAGUCAAAGGGCAAGAGCCGGCAAAUGGUGCUGGAUAAUGUGGAGAAGAAGGAUGCUGGAGAAUAUACCUGUGAAGCUGGAAAUGAGAAGCUUGCCUUUAAAAUUCAAGUGACAGACAUUCAAGCUGCCUUCACCAACAAAGACUCUUAUCAGAAGGAAGUGAAGGUUUCAGCAUCCCAGAAAGCCACACUGAGCUGUGAAGUGUCUGACAUCAAGACUGAGGUGAAAUGGUUCAAGGAUGGCAAGCAGUUGAGCUCCAGUAAGACUGUCCACAUGGAGUCAAAGGGCAAGAGCCGCCUGCUGGUGCUGGAUAAUGUGGAGAAGAAGGAUGCUGGAGAAUAUACGUGUGAAGCUGGAAAUGAGAAGCUUGCCUUUAAAAUUCAAGUGACAGACAUUCAAGCUGCCUUCACCAACAAAGACUCUUAUCAGAAGGAAGUGAAGGUUUCAGCGUCCCAGAAAGCCACACUGAGCUGUGAAGUGUCUGACGUCAAGACUGAGGUGAAAUGGUUCAAGGAUGGCAAGCAGUUAAGCUCCAGUAAGACUGUCCACAUGGAGUCAAAGGGCAAGAGCCGGCAAAUGGUGCUGGAUAAUGUGGAGAAGAAGGAUGCUGGAGAAUAUACCUGUGAAGCUGGAAAUGAGAAGCUUGCCUUUAAAAUUCAAGUGACAGACAUUCAAGCUGCCUUCACCAACAAAGACUCUUAUCAGAAGGAAGUGAAGGUUUCAGCAUCCCAGAAAGCCACACUGAGCUGUGAAGUGUCUGACAUCAAGACUGAGGUGAAAUGGUUCAAGGAUGGCAAGCAGUUGAGCUCCAGUAAGACUGUCCACAUGGAGUCAAAGGGCAAGAGCCGCCUGCUGGUGCUGGAUAAUGUGGAGAAGAAGGAUGCUGGAGAAUAUACCUGUGAAGCUGGAAAUGAGAAGCUUGCCUUUAAAAUUCAAGUGACAGACAUUCAAGCUGCCUUCACCAACAAAGACUCUUAUCAGAAGGAAGUGAAGGUUUCAGCGUCCCAGAAAGCCACACUGAGCUGUGAAGUGUCUGACGUCAAGACUGAGGUGAAAUGGUUCAAGGAUGGCAAGCAGUUAAGCUCGAGUAAGACUGUCCACAUGGAGUCAAAGGGCAAGAGCCGGCAAAUGGUGCUGGAUAAUGUGGAGAAGAAGGAUGCUGGAGAAUAUACCUGUGAAGUAGGAAAUGAGAAACUUGCCUUUAAAAUUCAGGUGACAGAUAUUCAAGCUGCCUUCACCAACAAGGACUCCUAUCAGAAGGAAGUCAAAGUAGCUGCUUCCCAAAAAGGCACACUGAGCUGUGAGGUUUCUGACCCCAAGACUGAGGUAAAAUGGUUCAAGGAUGGCAAGCAGUUGAGCUCCAGUAAGACUGUCCACAUGGAGUCAAAGGGCAAGAGCCGCCAGCUGGUGCUGGAGAACGUAGAGAAGAAGGAUGCUGGAGAAUAUACCUGUGAAUUUGGGAACGAAAAACUGCCAUUUAAGAUUCAGGUGACAGAGCUCAAAGCUGCCUUCACCAACAAGGACUCUUAUCAGAAGGAAGUGAAGGUUUCAGCCUCCCAAAAAGCCACACUGAGCUGUGAAGUGUCUGACAUCAAGACUGAGGUGAAAUGGUUCAAGGAUGGCAAGCAGUUGAGCUCCAGUAAGACUGUCCACAUGGAGUCAAAGGGCAAGAGCCGCCUGCUGGUGCUGGAUAAUGUGGAAAAGAAGGAUGCUGGAGAAUAUACCUGUGAUGUUGGGAAUGAGAAACUUCUCUUUAAGAUUCAGUUGGAAGAUGUUUCUACCAAAUUCCAGAAGACAUCCGUAAUGAAAGAAACUGUGAUGGUCGAGUCAACAGAAAAGGUUGUUUUAAAAACCGAGGUGAUGUCAGAGAAUUGUAGUGUUAAGUGGUUCAGGGAUGGAAUAGAACUGAAAGACGAAUCAAAGUAUGAAAUGAAACAGGAAGGUCGCUCACGUGUCCUCAUCGUUAAGUCCUCUGAAUCUAAAGACACCGGCACCUACUUUUGUCAGACGGCUGAUGACAAGGUUGAGUUCAAGGUUCAGGUCAAAGAUGCACCUUUAAAGUUUGUGGUGCCAUUGCAGCCAGUGUCUGCAGUACUGGAAAGCACCAUGACACUUUCCUGCAGUCUCAACAAAGCCACAAGUAGUGUCCUCUGGAAGCAUAACGGCAAAGAAAUCAAAUCAGGUGGCAAAUUCAGCAUCCGCACCGAUGGCACCAACUGCAUCUUGAAUGUCUCCGCUGUGGCUCAGGAGGAUGAAGGGGAGUACAGCUGCGAAUGCAAAGAUGACAAGACCUCCACCAAAGUCACUACUAAAGCCCCACGUCUGGUGAGGUUCACUACCAAGCUGAACAAUGUUGUUGCAAAUGAAGGCAAAGAUGCCAUCUUUAAAUGCUCCAUCACACCAGCCGAUGCAAGUGUCAGAUGGCUGCGUAAUGACAUUCCUAUUACAGCUAGUCCCAAAUUUAAGAUCGCUCAUGGAGGAAGCAGCCAUUCCCUCACCAUCACAGCUGUCACUCAGGAGGAUGCAGGAGAGAUCAGUAUCGAUGCCGAAGGGAAAGUGUGCAAAGCCACACUCCAAGUACAACAGCUUCCUGUCACCUUCAAGAAGAAGCUUGCAGAUGUGACUGUGACUGAGCAGGACACAGUUCGUUUGGAAGUGGAACUGAGUAAACACUCAAAAGAUGUGAAGUGGAUGAAGAAUGGUGUGGUACUACAGCAAGGAGAAAAUAUGGAGAUCCAUGUGGACGGUGCCAAGCAGGCUCUGGUCCUCAAGAGUGUGGCGUAUGCUGACAGAGGAUAUUACUCAUGUGAAACCCUAGAUGACAAGACCCAGGCCAAGCUGACAGUAGAGAUUAAGAAGAUUCAAAUAGUAAAAGGCCUAAAAGAGAUGAAAGUGCAAGAAAAAGAGACCAUCACUAUGGAGGUGGAGCUCAGCAAGGCUGAUGUAGAAGGUUCCUGGAGCAAAGAUGCAAAGAAACUAAAGGCAGGACCCAAUAUAAUCAUUACAGCACUGGGCAACAAGCACUGCUUGACUAUGUCCCAGCUGAAGUUAAGUGAUGGUGGAACUAUUACUUUCCAAGCUGAGGAUGCCCAUACUUCUGGCAAACUAAUUGUUACAGAGCCUGCUGCAAAGAUCUUCAAACCUCUACGGGAUAUCAGUUCUCCUGAAAAGGAGAAAGUCACUUUUGAAUGUGAGGUGUCAAGAGCAAAUGCUGAUGUCAAGUGGUUUAAGGAUGAUGAGGAACUGAAGCCAGGAAAGAAAUUUGGCAUCCAUUCCCAGACCAACAAGCGCACCCUCAUCAUCCACAAGUGUGCAUAUGAAGACCAGGGCCAGUAUAUAUGUAGAACAACAGAUGACAAUACUUCGGCCAAGCUCACUGUUCACGCCAGAGAUAUUAAAAUAGUCAAGCCGCUGCAGGACGUGGAGUUGACAGAGAAAGAGAGUGCAACGUUUGUCUGUGAGAUCUCUCACGAUGAGGUCGAGGCUCAGUGGCACAAAGGAGAUGCCAAAGUCAAAGCUGGAGACAACAUAAAGAUAAGGCAGGAGGGAAAAACAUACAUUCUACUCUUCAAAUCUGUAAAGGCUGAAGACGCAGGUGAAAUAAAAUUCACAGCUGAGAAGGCCUCUUCAGCCGCUAAACUGAAGGUUAAAGAACUGCCUGUCAGAUUUGUGAAGAAAUUGAGAGACAAAAUCGCCAUGUACAAACACCGUGCAUACUUAGAAUGUCAGGUGUCACGGGCCAACGCUAAAGUCACGUGGUACAAGAACAAGUCAGAGAUCAAACCCAGCAAGAAGCAUGAGAUCACCAGCGAGGACAUCUACAGGAAGCUCACCAUCAUCGACGUGGACUCUGAUGAUGAGGAUACAUACGUGUGUGACGCCACUGAUGAUAAGACUUCAUGUCAGCUACUAGUAGAGGAGCAGGCUAUCAGCAUAGUACGGGAGCUGAGUUCUGUGGAGGUGACCGAGCCGUUUGCUGCCCAUUUUGAGGUGGAAGUCAGCGUUGAGACAGUCAAGCCAGUGAAAUGGACGCUAAAUGGAGAACAGCUGAAGGAGAGUGCAGAUAUCGAGAUGGAGAAAGAGGGAACCAUGCAUCGCCUCACUUUUAAGAAGACCAAGGCCUCCAUGUCAGGCCCAGUGCAGUUCACUGCCGGAAAGAGCAAAUCAACAGCCGAGCUCAAAGUGAAAGAGCGUCCCAUUGAAGUUCUGGAGCCUCUUAAAGAUAUGUCAGCCAAGGAGAAGACUUCCACCACACUAUGCUGCAAGUUCUCUGCCACACCAAAAGAAGUACGGUGGUUUAAGGGUCAAACCGCUUUGGAGGCUUCUAGCAAAUACAGCAUGAAGCAAAAGGACGCCAAUGUGCAGCUGAUAAUACAAGCUUUGAGUGCAGAGGACUCUGGAGAGUAUCGCUGUCAGGUCGCGGUCUGUGAGAGCAAAGCUGUUCUCACAGUAGAAGUGCGUAAAAUCCAGAUCACCAAACAUCUGACAGACGUGGAGGUGGAUGAAGAUAGUGAUGCUGUGUUCACCUGUGAGGUUAACUAUGCUGAUGAAGAGGUCCAGUGGACACUCAAUGACAAGCCGCUCUUCAACAAUGAGGUCAAUGCCAUCACCCAUGUGGAUAAGACCCAUACGCUCACCCUCAAGAACCUAGCACCUGCGGACGGCGGGAAGGUGUCAUUCAGCAUCAGGGAUGUGAAAGAAACAGUCUGCCUAAAGGUCAAAGAGAAAAAAGCCAUCUUCCUAAAGAUGCUGGAUGAUGUAGUUGCAGAGGAGAAGGGUACAGUUACCCUUAAGUGUGAAGCCUCAAAGCCCAGAGUGGCCCCUGUGUGGCGCAAAGAUGGAACAGUCCUGUCAGCAGGGGAAAAGUAUGAGCUCCUCCAUGAUGGUAAGACCUUGGGACUUACUAUCCAUGAUGUCACACAAGCUGACGCCGGGGAGUACAGCUGUGAUCUUGGCACAGACCUCUCCAAGUCCAAGGUCACUGUUAGAGAUAUCCACAUUGGGAUCACCAAGCGUCUUAAAUCGGUAGAGGCCAAAGCAGGUGAAAACUGCACAUUCGAGUGUAUCUUGUCCCGAGAAAGUUCAGAGAGGUGCACCUGGAGCCUAAAAGGCCAACCUGUCACUGAUGGAGGCCGUUUCCAGAUAAGCAGCAAAGGGCGCAAGUAUACCUUAACAAUCAAAGCUGUCUCGGCUUCUGAUUCCGGUGAGGUGGUCUUCACUCUCAAGGAUUUGAGCUCAAAGGCAACACUUACUGUUGAGGGUGAAGCUCCUACCAUAUCUAAAGAGCUUCAAGGUGUCAAUGCCAAAAUUGGUGAAGAUGCCACAUUCUCCUGUGAGCUUUCUCAGUCUGGACUGGAAGUGAAGUGGUCAAAGGAUGGCAAGUCUAUUAGAAAAAGCCAGAAAUACGAAAUCAGUCAGGAGCAGAUGCUCGUAAAGCUGACAAUCCGCAACGUCACCGAAAAAGACUCUGGAGAAUACAGCUGUGAGAUCACCGGUGGUCCUACCUCCAAGGCUAAGCUGGAGCUCAAAGAACUGGCCAACAAAUUCAUUCGUGAGAUAAAGGAUGCCACUGCAGAAGAGAAGAGUGCUGUCUCCUUUGAAUGUGAGACAGCCCAACCUGCAUCUAAAGUCAUCUGGCUGAAAGGAACAAAGGAGAUCAGGGCUGGAGGAAGGUAUGAGCUUUUGCAAAAGGGAACUGUCCUCAUCCUCAAAGUGAAGGAUCUGGAGAAGAGUGACAGCGAGGUAUACACCUGUGACAUUGGCUCUACGAAGAGUACAGCCAAAUUGACGGUGAACGUGGUACCUGCUAGGUUUAAGGGUCAGAUGAAGAACCAGCAGGUUACUGAAGGCGGGAAAGUCUUACUUUCCUGUGAGCUCUCAAAACCUGGCUGCCAAGUGGAAUGGAAGAAGGGAACGGAAAGUCUGAAACAUGGGGGAAGAUAUCAGAUAAUGCAGAGGGACACCAUGUGUGAGCUACAGAUUUCAGACUUAGUGCCUGAGGACAGUGGAGAAUAUUCCUGUGAUUGUGGAAACGAAAUAACGACAGCAAAUGUUGUUGUCAGUGCAUUACCGACGAUCUUCAAAUGUGAGCUACAAAGCCAAGAGUUUGACGAAGGAGACAGUGUUACUCUUCACUGUGAACUCUCAAAGCCUGGAGUUCCUGUUGUUUGGAAGAAAGGAACGCAGGUGCUGCAAUCUAGAGAAAAGUACCUCAUCAUGCAAGAUGGGGCUACUGUUGAGUUGAAGAUCGCUGACCUCAGACCUGAAGAUGCUGGACAAUACACAUGUGUGUGCGGGGACAAAAAGACUACAGCAAACAUUAAAAUCAAGGCAUUGCUCUUCAAAAGAGAACUACAAAACCAGGAGUGUCAAGAGGCGGGCAGUGUUACUCUUCAGUGUGAGCUUUCCAAACCAGGAGUGCCUGUGGUUUGGAGGAAAGGAACACAAGUGAUCCAUUCUGGAGAGAAAUACCACAUAAAGCAAGUUGGUUCUGUUUUUGAACUGAAGAUCCCUGAUGUCAAACCUGAAGAUGCUGGAGUCUAUAGUUGUGACUGUGGGUUUAUCAAGACCUCAUCUACCAUUACCGUCAAUGCACUACCAGUGGUUUUCACACAUGAGCUGCAAAACAUGGAGUGUGAUGAAGGAGGCAGUGCUACUCUGUCCUGUGAGCUUUCCAAACCUGGUGUCCCUGUGCAGUGGAAAAAAGGAAGCCAUGUUAUUCAGUCUGGAGGAAAGUACGUCAUCAGGCAGAUUGCCUCAAAGGUGGAGCUGAAGAUCACAGAUCUCAAACCUGAAGAUGAAGGAGACUACACGUGUGUAUGUGGAGACAAGGCAACAACAGCCCAUAUGAAGAUCAAGGCUCACCCAAUUCAGUUUACGGAAGUACUGCUAAACCAAGCAUGUGAUGAAGGUGGCACUGUUAUUCUGCGUUGUGAACUCUCAAAACCUGGAGUUCCUGUGAUUUGGAGGAAAGGAACACGGGUGAUCCAUUCUGGUGGAAAGUACGUCAUCAAACAAGUUGGGACUACGGUUGAGUUGAAGAUCAUUGAUGUUAAACCUGAAGAUGUUGGAGACUAUGCUUGUGAUUGUGGAGACAACAUCACCACUGCUAACAUCAAAGUCAAUGCAUUACCAGUGGUCUUCAGGCAUGAGCUGCAGAACCAACAGGUUCAAGAGGGGGAAAGUGUUAGUUUGCACUGUGAACUCUCAAAACCUGGAGUUCCUGUGGUUUGGAGGAAAGGAACAGAGGUGAUCAGUUCUGGAGGAAAGUACCUCAUCCAGCAAGUUGGCUCUACUGUUGAGCUGAAGAUCACUGAUGUCAAACCUGAAGAUGCUGGAGACUAUGUUUGUGAUUGCGGAGACAACAUCAGCACCGCUAGUAUCAAAGUCAAUGCAUUACCGGUGGUCUUCAAGCGUGAGCUACAGAACCAAGAGCUUCAAGAAGGGGAGAGUGUUACUUUGCGCUGUGAACUCUCAAAACCAGGAGUUCCUGUGGUUUGGAGAAAAGGAACAGAGGUGAUCAGUUCAGGAGGAAAGUACAUCAUCAAGCAAGUUAGCUCUUCUGUUGAGCUGAAGAUCACUGAUGUCAAACCUGAAGAUGCUGGAGAUUAUGUUUGUGAUUGUGGAGAUAACAUCUGCACUGCUAACGUCAAAGUCAAUGCAUUACCAGUGGUCUUCAAACGUGAGCUACAGAACCAAGAGAUUCAGGAAGGGGAUAGUGUCACUUUGUGCUGUGAACUCUCAAAACCUGAAGUUCCUGUGGUUUGGAGGAAAGGAACACAGGUGAUCCAUUCUGGAGGAAAGUACCUCAUCAAGCAAGUUGGCUCUACUGUUGAGCUGAAGAUCAAAGAUGUAAAACCUGAAGAUGCUGGAGAUUAUGUUUGUGAUUGCGGAGACAGCAUGACAACUGCCAACGUCAGGGUUAACGCUACUCCAGCUACCUUCACAAAAGAGCUAAAAAACCAGACAGCUAUUGAAGGAGAAAGCAUCAUCUUUCAGUGUGAGCUGUCCAAACUUGGAGUUCCUGUGGUUUGGAGGAAAGGGAUACAGGUGAUCCAUUCUGGAGGAAAGUACCUCAUCAGGCAAGUUGGCUCUACUGUUGAGCUGAAGAUCACUGAUGUCAAACCUGAAGAUGCUGGAGACUAUGCUUGUGAUUGUGGAGACAGCAUUACAGCAGCCAAUGUCAAGGUUAAUGCACUUCCAGCCAUUUUCACACAAGCACUGAAGAACCAGGCAGCUGUUGAGGGAGAGAGCAUCAGCUUCCAGUGUGAGCUCUCCAAAACAGACAUUCCAGUUGAGUGGCGCAGGGGUGAAGUUGGCCUAUGCCCCUGUGCUAAAUAUGAAUUAAAGCAAGAUGGCCACCGUGCCCAACUGGUCAUACAUGACCUUGAACGUGAGGACUCUGGUGACUAUAUUUGUGACACUGGAGAACGCCAAAGCAUUGCAUAUCUGGAAGUUAAGGCACUGCCAGUUCUUUUCAAAUCAUCUCUGAAAGAUUUGGAAAGUGAAGCUGGGGAAAACGUAGUGUUUCGAUGUGAACUUGACAAAGCUGGAGCCAAAGUUAUCUGGAGGAAAGACAAGAGUGUAAUAGAAGCAAGCCACAAAUAUCAGCUGAAGCAAGAUGGGGCUGUUGCUGAGCUUAUCAUUUACAAGCUGCAAGAAGGAGACGCUGGAGAGUACUGCUGUGAAACAGAAUAUGAUCGGACAUCUGCCAAACUCACUGUGAAGGAACCUGAAAUCACGAUCUUAACUGGCUUGAAGAGCUGCAUUGUCAAUGAAGGCGAGGACGUUCAUUUUGAAUGCCUUGUCUCUCAUGACAAUGCACUCAUUGUUCAGUGGACGCUGCAAGACGUUCCACUACAGAACAAUGAGAUGAAUGAAAUCCGAAUGGAAGGCAAAAGGCACACACUUACACUAAGAAGUGUCACCCAGAAAGACUCAGGCACGGUGUCCUUCCAUGUGGGUGCACACACUUCUUUUGCUUGUCUUACAGUCAGAGCAAUCCCUGUGCUGUCAUUUGUGAAGGAGUUAACAAGCCAGGAAGUCACAGAGGGAGGCAGUGCCUCAUUAUGUUGUGAAACUUCAAUAUCUGAUACCAGUGUGACCUGGAAGAAGGGUACUCAGGUCCUAUCUGAUGGAAAGAAGUAUUCCAUAAAGAGGGAUGGCUCAAUCCACACCUUGGAAAUCCAUAAGCUAUCAGUGGAUGAUGGUGGCGAGUACAUAUGUGAAGCAGGAGACAAACGAAGCAAAGCUACAUUGACUGUCAAAGAAUGUGUAAAAAUCACAAGAAAAUUAAAGGAUGUGACUGUGAUAACGGGCGAGGAUGCUAUCUUCCAGUGUGAGGUGUCUCAUACAGGGGUUACAAAUGUUGAGUGGUGGCUCGGCUCCAACCACCUUCAAAACAAUGACUUGAAUCAAAUCAGCUGCCAAGUGAGGGAACACAGCCUAGUGCUGAAAAUGGUCACACCCGAUGACUCAGGUGAUGUAGCCUUUGUGGUUGGCCCUGAGAAGAGCGUCGCCUACUUGUUGGUGCAGGAGAAACCCAAAGUCGUAUUCUUAGAGAAGCCUCUGGACUUAACUGCCAAAGAGGGUCAAACAGUCACACUGUCCUGUAUGACUUCCGACCCUGAGGCCUCUGUCACCUGGUACAAAGAUGAAGCGAUGAUAAACGCAGGGGGGCGAUAUCUGCUUUACAAGGAUAGAGCCGUCCAUCAGCUCCGCAUCCUUAGAGUGGAGGAAGGAGAUGCAGGGUUGUAUACAUGCAAAACCAAAGAUGCAGAAAGCUGUGCCACCCUUACUGUUAAAGGUCAACCUGCAUACUUCCGGAAGGAGUUAGACAACCAGAAUGCAAUAGAGGGAGAUAGUAUCACCUUGCGCUGUGAGCUUUCUAAGCCAGUUAAAAGUGUAGAGUGGAGAAAGGGUGGAGUGGUGCUCCAACCCAGUAAGAAAUUUGAGAUGAAAAAGGAAGGGUGUGUGCUGGAGCUCCACGUCCAUGAUCUGGAACCAGAGGACAAUGGCUACUAUACUUGUGAUGCUGGAGACCAGUUGACCACAGCAUCAGUCACUGUGCAAGAGGCUGAGGUUCUCAUAGUGUCGGGUAUAAAGAAUACAGAUGUGUUUGUGGGCGAACAGGCAAGUUUCUCCUGCCAGCUCUCUCGCCGUGCCAAAGGCAGAGUUCAGUGGUGGCUAGACGGCACUCGUUUGGAGAACAGUACCUUCAGUGAAAUAAGUGUGGGUGAAGACCAUGUCCACACUCUCACCCUAAGGAACCUUUCUCCCAAUGAUUCGGGUACAGUCCUGUUCAAAACAGGUGGCCUGACGUCCUCUGCCAAGCUGUUAGUGAAAGCUAAACCAAUUGACAUUCUUCAAGAGCUGAGUAACAUGGAGACCAUUAAUGGCGGGGAAGCACUUUUUGAAUGCUCCUUGUCUCGUCCUGAAACCAAAGACUGCCGGUGGUUAAUCAAUGGCAAGCCUGUAAAGGAGUCCGCAAACGUGGAGAUUGUUUCCUUUGAGAGUGGCAGACGCCAUCUUCUGCUUUUAAAGGACUUGCAUCCUUGUGAAAACACAAGGGUUACAUUCCAAGCUGGCACUUCAUCAACUACUGCUCUUCUGUCUGUCAAAGCUUGGCAACUGGAGGUGGUCAAGCCUUUGGAAGAUAAGACCGCCAUUGCAGGAGAACAAGUUGAGUUCACUUGUGUUUUGAAUGAAGCUGUGCCUGAGAGUGAUGUGACUUGGUAUGCAAAUGGUGUUGAGCUAAAGUGUAAUGACCAAUGGGCCAUGAGAGCCAGUGGCUCUUCCUACAGCCUAAUUUUAAAGAAAGCCCAGGCUCAGCCCACACAAGAAAUCACAUUUGCAGCCCGAGAUGCCUUAUCAAUGGCCAAACUCAUCACAAUAUCUGUGCCUGAUCCCCCUGAAGACCCAGAGCUGGUUAGUAAAGGUCCAACAUUCGUCACCUUGUCUUGGUUCACACCCCUCAGUGAUGGAGGAAGCCCAAUCAUUGGUUACCGUGUGGAAAUGCGUCUAGUGGACAGUGUCCUCUGGCUGCCCUGCCAUACAGAACCAGUAUGCAACACUGAAUUUCUGGUUGAAAACCUCAUACCGGGGGCAGGUUACAGGUUCAGAGUGGCAGCCAUCAACCGUGCUGGUAUUGGAGAGCCUGUCCAGCUGCCUCAAACUGUGACACUUGAUGCACCAGUGACCAUGACCAAAAUGUUAAGCAGCUCUAAGAUCCAGAAAGGAAAGAUGGUUCGUUUGGAGUGUGAACUUUCUACAGAGAACAAAUCAGUCACAUGGCUACAGGACAACAGAGAGAUAGAGGUUGGGGUCAAGUACCAAAUGGUAGCAGAAGGAAAGAGCCAAGUUUUGCUCAUAAAGGAUUUCCAGUCUACAGAUCAGGGUGUCUAUUCUUGUGUAGCCUCAGAAGAGGUAAAGACUUCAAUCAACCUAAACCUCGAAGGAGAUGACACAACAGUUUCUCAGGAUGUGGGCAGCCAGCCCAAACUGCCUCCUGAGGCUGCUUCUGAGGGCGAUUUACAUGCUCUAUGGGAUGCAGUGGCCAAGAAGAGGAGAAUGAGUCGGGAACCCACAUUAGAUUCAAUUUCAGAGUUGCCAGAAGAAGAUGGAAAAGAAAAAGCCCAGAGAAAAGAAGGAAAAGUACCUGAAAAGGAAGUGAGACCUGUUGAACCAACUCCCAAGAUCACAGGGGAGCCUAAUCUCUAUACAAGUUCUGAUGAGGAAUCUCUCAGUGGGACAACAAGCUUGGUGUCUUACCUAAAGAAAAGCAGCAAGUCCUCUAUGACUGUGGAAAGUCACACUGAGACUAUUGCCUCCAAGAAACUGUAUGAGCACUUCCAGAUGACAGAGCAAUCUGUUACAAAGACAUCUGUGGAGCCCCUCAUGGAAGCUCAGAAAGGGGAUGAGUUGCAAGAUGCUGCUGUCAAGAUUCAGGCAGCCUUCAAAGGUUAUAAAGCCAGGAAGGACAUGCGACCAGUCUUCAAAGAAGUAUUUAAGGAUCAGACUAAGGAGCCCAAUGGGACAAUUCAUCUCGAGUGCAUUGUGGAGGGUAAGCCAGAUAAAGUUUGCUGGCUGAAAGAUGGUGAACCCUUAACAGAUGGCAAGCACCACCAUAUUGACAUCUAUAAUGAUGGCACCUGCUCUCUAGUAGUGACAGCUGCCACAACCAAAGACACAGGUGUAUAUACUUGUGAAGUAACCAAUAAGUUUGGUGUUUCCAUGCAUAGUGGCAAAGUCACUGUAGGGUCCCUGCGGGAAUCUUCUGGGCGACGCCCACUCACUCUGGGCUACAGUGCAGAUAGUGAAGCUGAGAGCUCCUCAGGGAGUGAGAUGGAUGAGACUUUACGGCAAGCAAGUAAACGAUUACGGCGACUUCUUCGUACUCGCCUCCCUCCAGAUGUGGAAGAGGAACCUUUUGUUAGUGCAGAUGAAGGAGAUUUACCACCCACGGACUUACAGUCUUACCGGGAAGACGAUCAGUAUAUCUACAUCCGUUUUGAUAAUCGUGCAGAAGCUCAAGUAGCUUCCCAGCGCUUCCAGGAAAUGUUUACUUAUCAAGGAGUACCAAUCGAAACAGCCAUCAUAGCAGUGGCAGGUGCUAAGGUAGAGCUGCGUAUCACAAAGAUGGGUCUCUCCCAAGAUGGCUCCCAAACCCCAACUCAGGACCGACCGAUGCCUGCUUUCAUGACAGGAGCCCCUGCGGCUCCCGUCUUCCUGACGGACCUCCGUAGCCAAGAUGUUCCUGAUGGGUUUCCAGUCAGUUUUGACUGUGUAAUUGUUGGCAUCCCCCCUCCCACUGUGAGAUGGUUCAAGGAUGGAAAGAUGUUGGAGGAAAACGACCACUACAUGAUCAAUGAAGACCAGGAAGGCCAUCACCAGCUGAUCAUCACAGCUGUGCUGCCCACAGACAUGGGCGUGUACCGAUGCAUGGCUGAAAAUGACAGUGGCAUCGCCUCCAGCAAGGCUGAGCUGAGGGUGGACAUGUCUUGCAGCUCAGACUAUGACACAGCAGCCGAUGCCACAGAGACAUCUUCCUAUGUCAGUGCUAAAGGUUAUGUGUCUAGCUCAGAGCACAGGGACACAGAGGCUUUUGAGUCGGUGGCAGAGGACGAGCAGCUUCCUCAAGUUGUGGAUGAGUUACAUGAUUUAUUCCUCAGUCCCGGAGCACCCAUUGCCAAAAUGAGUGUCAAGGUCAAAGGAUUUCCCACACCAAGGGUUUACUGGUUUAAGGAUGGCACCCCACUCCAAGCCUCCAGCAGAAUUGCAUUGUCGACCGAGCGAGAUCAGCACAGUCUUGAGAUUUUGGAUGUUAAGCGCGAGGACACGGGAGAAUACUCAGCAUAUAUUAGCAAUAUAGCUGGCUCUGCCUACUCUUCAGCACGACUGAAUGUACUGGCUCCUGGAGAGCGCCCCGCACCUGAACAGGGACGAAUGAGAGAUUCAAAGGUGCCACUUGUGCCACCACGCUUCCUGGAGAGGUUCAGCAACAAGAAGGUGAAACGGGGAGCAAGUAUAACGCUGUCAGUCAAAGUGGAAGGCUCCCCAACCCCAUCUGUAAACUGGUUAAAGGAAGUGUCAGAUAAGGAUGUUCUGUGGAUCAAGGCAGACACACCAGGUUACAAGGUGGCCAGCUCUGGCCGUCAACAUAGUCUCAUCCUCAUGGAAGUGGAAAAAAAACAUGGCGGCAUGUACACAUGCAUCGCCACCAACCGUGCUGGACAGUCAGUCAACACAGCCCGACUGGAUGUGGAGACAGCACCAGAGCAAAAGAAAGUUGGGCCAGAGGUUCUGGGAAUUACUAUCAGCCCACCACAGGAAGAGGGCAAAGGAGAGAUCAAACUACCUUCCUUCGGUGAAGUGGGUACAGAGGAGUUCUUACAAAAACUCACAACCCAAAUCACAGAAAUGGUAUCUGCCAGGAUUACUCAAGCUUCAUUACGUGUCCCAGGAGCUGACAGCGAUGAUGAAACAAAAACACCAUCCCCAUCUCCAUAUCACGGGCGAUCACGCCCUCCAUCUCUGAUCGCAGACUCAUCAUCUGAGUCUGAUGAAGGAGAUGCCAGGGGAGAGAUGUUUGAUAUCUAUGUGGUGACUGCUGACUACAACCCCAUGGGAGUCAGCAAAGAUGCCAUCGCUCUGAAAGAGGGCCAGUAUGUGGAGGUUCUGGAUUCUGCCCACCCACUUAAAUGGCUGGUCCGCACCAAGCCCACCAAAUCCAAUCCAUCUCGCCAGGGAUGGGUCUCACCUGCGUAUCUCGACAAAAGACUGAAGCUGUCUGCAGAGGCUGCAGACCUCCCAGAGACCAUGAGAGAAGAAGUCACAGAGACGGAGUACAAGAAGAAACUCUGUCAACUCGUCCAGGAGCUGAUCAGCACAGAAACUGAGUUUCUGAAGGAGAUUGAGUUCUUCGCAUCACACCAUCUGAAGCGUGUGGAUGAAGAGAGCACACCAUCUGAAAUCGCCAGCCAGAAGGAAACCAUCUUCCGUAAUAUCAAUGAUUUGAAAUCCUUCCACAGCAGUACUUUGCUGCCUGGUCUGCGUGAUUGUGACACGGAUGAUGACAUUGCCAUGCAUUUCCUGAGAAACUCUGAAGGGUUUGAGAAAUAUUUGCAGUACCUCAUUGGACAAUUACAAGCUGAGUCCGUCAUCAGUGAGAAAGAAGUGCACCAAUAUUUCAAGGAUUAUACAGUCUCGGAGUUGGCAAAUGUUGACCCCUCAGAGGGUCCAGUGCUAAGCAUCAACGCUUACCUUCAGAGACCACAGGAGAGAAUUCAGAAGUACAGAGCUUUACUGAAGGAAUUGAUCCGGAACAAGGCGAGGAACGGUCAAAACUGCUGUUUGUUGGAGCAGGCCUAUGCCAUGGUGUCGUCCCUCUCCCAGCGCUCAGAAAACACACACCAUGUAUCUCUCAUAGAGAACUACCCCGCCAAUCUGGAGGCGCUGGGAGAACCUAUUAGACAGGGGCCCUUCACUGUUUGGGAAGGAGCUCCUGGAAUUCGAACACCUUCCAGAGGUCACCACCGGCACGUCUUCCUCUUCAAAAACCACGUAGUCAUCUGCAAACAGAAGAGAGACACGAACACAGACACCCAAACAUAUGUGUUCAAGAAUAUGAUGAAGCUUACAAACAUUGAUGUGAACGAGACCGUGGAGAGUGAUGAAAGAGCGUUUGAGAUCUGGCAUGAGCGUGAGGACUCCGUGAGAAAAUACACGUUGCAGGCACGGACUGUUAUCAUCAAGAACUCAUGGCUCCGCGACCUCCGUGACCUUCAGCAGCGCUACAGCAUGCCAGCAUGGAGCCCUCCAGAUUUUGACGCAGUGUUGACAGACUGCACAGCAGAGCUCGGACAGACCGUAAAGCUCGCCUGCAAGGUCACUGGUGCCCCCAAACCACAGGUCACCUGGUACAAAGACGGGCGUGCCGUGGAAGCGGAUCCUCAUCACAUCAUCAUUGAGGAUCCAGAUGGCUCUUGCACACUCAUUUUGGACAACAUGACAGCAGACGACUCAGGACAAUACAUGUGCUUCGCCACCAGCUCUGCGGGCAACGCCAGCACACUAGGCAAAAUCACUGUGCAGGUACCUCCACGUUUUGUGAAUAAGAUCCGGAAUGCGAUACUUCAUCCAGGAGAAGAUGCUCAGUUCACCUGCAUCAUCCAGAGUGCACCGAGUCCCAAGAUAAGAUGGUUCAAAGAUGGUAAACUACUGACAGACCUGGAGAAGUUUCAAACAUACAGUGAAUCGCGCAGUGGAGUGUUGGUUCUAGUUAUCAAGAACCCUGGAGAACGAGACCUUGGACACUAUGACUGUGAGCUGUCGAACCGUCUGGGCAGUGCCAGGUGUGCAGCACAGCUGAUCACUCCUGCUGUGGCAAUGGCAGGAGAACGUAGAGCAGAUCAGGCCAUCAGUAUAGAAGUAACGGAACAAGAGACGAAAAUACCGAAGAAAACCAUAAUUAUUGAGGAGACCAUCACCACAGUGGUGAAGAACACCCGUAUGAAACGGCACGCAUCCCCACGACCAUCGCCCAUGGGAGCUCACCGCUCAGAGACGUCCACACCUGAACCGCCCAGACAGAGACGAACCCUGGCCAGGAAGACUGUACCGACACUGUACGUUCCAGAGCAGGAGGGUGCCACAGCCAGGAACCCAAGAUGGGUAGAAGUCGAAGAGAUAAUAGAGUAUAAAGUGAACAAAUCACCCAAGUUACCAAGAAGAAGAGGCGUUUCCCCCGGCAAGUUCUCAUCACCUGGCAAUCCAAACACUAAUAACUCCAACAACAAGUUACUCGAGGAGGCAAUGGGUGCCGCAAUGGCUCUGCAAGGUUCUUCUGGUACGGAUGAAGAGGAAAUUGCACAGAAUGUCUCUGAAGUACCUUCAGAGGUCGACAAUAUGACAACAUACUCAGGAGAAAUUGAUGACCCAUGUGUCUCUGAUGGAGAUGAAGGAACUAUUGUCGUGGAGCCUGAAGAUGACGAACUUGAUGCUCGAGACUGCAAAAUACUGACUGAUGGAAAUCGAGUUCUUACUCUUGAAGAUCUCGAGGACUACAUCCCUCAGGAAGGGGAAACAUUCGGCAGCGGUACAGACCAUCAUGUCCUCGUCGAGAAACCAAGCGAGGUCUCGGUGUUGCAGAGAGAAAUUAUCGAGCCUGUCAUUGGCAAACCCAUUGUGUUGAACGUGGUGCGUCCGGUGCCACCAGCAAAGCCUCGCAUGGGAUUCUUCGGCUCCUUCAAGGAACACAUUUCCAGCAUGUUUAGUCCAGGUUCAUCGGCGAGCGGCAGCUCUGAGGCAAGGCGAGAGAAGACCAUACCUAUUCAUGUGACGGGAGAACCUUCAUCCAACUAUUCACGCCAUACCGGCAGCUUUGCGAGGCUUGAAGUCCAGCCGACGUACUGCUCCGAGGUCCAGAGAGGAAAGGAAGGAGGUCAGCAGAGCUUCAAAACACAGGUUUCCGCUCAAACCCGCAGCUACACGCCAACCGGACAGGUCACUCUUCAGAUCAGCAAGAAGAAGCCAUUUGAAAAGCAGUAACCGAGAGGAAACCACUCAGGAUUGAUUCUCAGAUGCUUGUUUCCAGCAUGCAAAAUCAGGAAUAUACAAGUAGGCAUAGUCUUAAAUGGGAACACUUCUGUAAAAUCUUGCAAUCUGAGAGUGUAAUUCAAUCAUGAAGCUUCUUCUAACAGCAGAUCAUUCCAUGUUGAGGCAAAGGAUUCACUUGCUAAACUCAAUGACCUAAUGAAGACUUUCUAAUUUCUUGAGUUCCUGUGAGCAAAUGUGCAGCUGUGCUUCGGAACGGCAAGUCUGAUACAACAUGAAUGUGCAAAUAUGGACAGUAAAACUACUUUGGUCUAAAGCAGGGGUGUCCAAUCCUGGUCCUGGAGGACCAACGUCCUGCAGAGUUUAGCUUCAACCAGCUCCAACACAGUUGCCUAGAAGUUUCUAGUAAGUCUGAAGACCUUAAAUAUCUGGUUCAGGUGAGUUCAAUUAGGGUUGGAGCUAAACUCUGCAGGACAAGUGUCCCUUCAGGAACAAGUUUGGACACCUUUGGUCUAAAGCAGAGGUUCUCCCUCGAUGUCCAUCUUUAGCUCCAACCUUGAUCAAACUCACCUUUCUGUAACUUUCUAGUAAGACCUUGAUCAGGUGUGUUCAAUUUGAGUCGGACCUAAACUCUGUAGUACAUUGGUGUUUGUGUAUGUCAAAAAAAAAAAAUCAAAAUUUUAUCUGAAUGUAACUUAUGUGCUGUAUGCAAUACGUACAUAUAUAUUUGAGAGUCUUUCAACAUCUAAAAAGCCAAAUCAACUUUUUUUGUCAAGUUGAUUGCGUGACUUGUUCUUUGGUGUAAUACAUUGUGGCCUAUGUUAAUGUAUCAGAAAUCUUGAAUAUGUCAUCCUGCACUGAAGGCUAUUCAAAGUGGUCAGCAUUUUAGUGUUGCAAUGUGAAUGUAUGGGGUUUUGUAGACUGACAAAGGAAUAGCUGUGGGAGAUCUUAAGAACCAUAACACAAAAUCUAUUUAAUGACUUUAGAAGAUUUAUUUUAAAAAGUAUUUCUUGUGCAACAUGACUUUAAGCACAGUAUUUACAGAUUUAAAAAGAUUUGCGAUUUACUGGAGUAAUACUAAUAUAUAUAUAUAUAUUAAAUGUGUUUGAACUUUAAAUACAAAUACAAAUUUUGUGUCAACCAAAAUUUGCAUGUGUAACAUAAUUUGUAUUGUUUUGAUCACAUGGUUUGAAAAGUUUUGGUAAAAGCAAAAUAAAUUAGGACUGCCAAGGGUGUUCAGCAGAUAAAAGAAAAACAAAAAAAAAAUUCGAAUAUGAAUAAAAAUGUACGUCUUGAAGUUCUGCUUUACAAAAUAAGAGUAUAUUUGGAU